AUGGUCACAAACAGCGCGCUUCCCACCCUUCCUGGCGGGUUCAAUUACCCCCCUCCUACCGUUCCUCCCAAGGCCGGCGCCCCUUACCUGGCCAGUUCCAAACUGCCUGAAAACUUUGUCUUUAUCGUCGUCGGCGCGGCCCUGGGCUUUGUGGCCGUCCUCAUCAUCGGCUGGCGAAUUCUUAUGUCCUGGUCCAUAAACCGCAGCUUUAGACGCGACGCCAGCAGCGGUGGUGCCAGCGGCGCCGCUUACACACCACUCGCAGACAUUAAAAAGAACCCAGCAAUACAAUCCUCACAUGAUAUGGCAGACCUGAGCAAACUGCCACGAUCUUUCUCAAGUGUACCGUCGCUAUUUUUCUCACCUACGGCCGAAGUAGCGAAGCAGAGCCAGCGACCUACCAGCAGCCAGCACACACACCUACCAGCUGGGCAUUACCGCGAUGCCUCUGAUUCAUAUCGUCGUUGA